AAUUGCCACCAAUUAUUCUUUGCGCGGCGUUAAAAAUGGCUACCAAAACCUUAGCGAUGCGCCCGUACAUCCUCAGCUCGUCAAGAACCCGCCUCCUCCUUCGGCAAGCUCUCCCUUCGUUUCCACGGAAUCCUCCCACACGCUUCGAUUCACUGUCCACAAUCUCUUCUGGCAGUACGCGCAGCACGAGACCCGACGUCCCAGUCAAAACCGAUUACGGCUAUAACUUCAGCAGAUUAGGGUUUGGGAUGGUCCGUCAUCGCAAAUUCGCCACCGGAGCCACUCAUGUGAAUGAUACGGGCUCCGUUGACUCACCUCUCAUCUAUUCCAUGGAGAAGAAGAUCAAGGAAGAACUAAAUGCAGAAUCAGUCACUGUUAAAGAUGCUUCUGGGGAUGGCCGACAUGUGAUCAUUGAUGUUGUCUCUACAUCCUUUGAGGGACAAUCAACUGUAAAUAGGCAGAGGAUGGUGUAUAAAGUAAUAUGGGAGGAGCUUCAAAGCGUGGUGCAUGCGGUUGACCAGAUGACUACUAAAACGCCCUCUGAAGCAGCAACGGGGAAGUGAACAACUCAAGCCAAAAUAUCAGCGGCUUGAGUCCCCUUUAGCAUAUUUUCUCGCAUGUCUCGAAAGAAAACUGUAACCGGCUUUUGCAUUUUUUACUGUUUUUCAUGUCAUUUUGUUACUCUGAAUUCUUUUGAAACAGAUUGCUCCUUACAUUAUCUGUUCAUUAUCCAGACUAAAUAAGAGAAAUAUGAGUAUUAUUGCAUCCAUUGUA